CACAUACAAUGACAUGUUGUCUGCUGAAAAUAGAUUUUGCAUGUCCAGCUGGCUCCAGUAAAUUUAUUCUUUGAAAUUUUGAAGUAGUUUAAACCGUAUUUUGAAGCCAUGGUUGUUCUCGAAAACGAUGCCUUUUUGACGUCGCUCACUUUGAUGUACCAGAAAGCCAGGCUACAUGGAUCUGUGCGAGUGACACUGAAAAGAUACGAUGGACGGACAAAACCAGUGCCUAGAGUUGAGGCUACAGCCAACAAAGAGGAACCAGAGUACAGUUGUAUUUUCAGAGCUACACUAGCCAGCAAGAAAAUCAGCACAAUUGUGACUGCAAAUGCUUUAUCAGAAUUUCAAGCUGCCUUCAGUUCCACCAUUAGAUCUAAUAUGGAUGGCUUGAAGAAGCAGAAGAAAUCAAAGGGAAAACGUAAAUCUAAAGCCACAGCCACCCAAUGACCUGUCCAAUCAUUCCCAUAUCCAAUCAGUGGUGGAAAAUAAAAAGUGUUAUAUAAAA